CAGAGCGAGACUCCGUCUCAAAAAAAAAAAAAAAAGGACAGUCACCACCUAACAUCGAGGAAACAGGGCGCUCCCGCCUUGCGCCCCCAGGCUGGCGUUGAGACUUCUUUAGAGCCAGGGCUUCGGAGCCCCAGCACCAGGAACGUAGAGGUGAGUAAAAGGCACAGCAGGAAGCCUGGGAGAGAAAAAGCAGCUGCCCCUGUUCAGCCGCGCCCUACCCUGAGCUCUGCAGCCUUUGGGAUCAUCCGUUCUCUCUGCCCUGGAGGUUGGAGUAAGCUCCGGCCUUCCUUGACCCUCACUGGAACACUGGGAUCCCAGACGCUAGCCUCGGUUGUCUUAAAUCCAGAGGCUGUGGAGGCAUGGGGCAAAUUGUGCCCGCAGCCUGGGACCUAGAGCUGCAUCUGUGCACGGGGCCUCCAGGACCCCGGCUCAGUGGACAAAAUCUGGCAUGCUUGGACCUCACCCCACAGGCCUCACACCUCAGAGGCAGCCUGAAAGGUGCAGCGCCCGCCUCUCUGCUCCGGCCCCGCCUCCGCCCUGGAACGCAGCGCGCUCCGCCCGAGGCCUCCCAGCGGCCCACACAGGAAUCGCGGAGCUUAACUGCCGCCACCUCGCGCCGGGUCCGCGCGGCCCACGAGACUCCCCCUGACGCCCCCGGCCCGCGGUCCACAUGGACGCGCGGGGCCCUGAAGCCCCCGGCGGGCGCGCGCUGCGGGACGCGGCAGAAAAUCUAUUACAGGAACUUCAGGAACAUUUUCAAGCUCUGACUGCAACAUUAAACCUCAGAAUGGAAGAAAUGGGAAAUCGCAUUGAGGACUUACAGAAGAAUGUCAAUGACUUAAUGGUGCAAGCUGGCAUUGAAAAUUCUGUUAAAGAGCAAAUGCUGAAGACCUAACUGCAGCAUGUCCGUAUUUGGAGAUGGGGCCUCUACAGAAGUCAUUAAGGGUACGUGGGUCCUGAGGGUGGGGCCCUCAUCCAACGGGAUUCGUCUUUCUGAGAAGAGACGCCAGGGGCUCACCUGCCGUCCCCCGUGCCUGCACCAGAGAGGCCGUCAGCAAGCCAAGGAGCGCCUUCCCCAGAAAUCACAGGGACCGGCACCUUGAUCUGGGACUUCCAGAAAACAGAACUGUGAAAAGACAAGUUUCUGCUGUUUAAACCACUCAAUCUGAAGUAUUUUGUUAUGGCAGUCCUGGGCAGACUAACACAAUAUGCAACACAUUUACAAUAAAUAUACAAUAAACUUACAAAUGUGGAAUGUAA